AUGCCGAUUCGCUUCCAGCCCUUGUGGUCGGUACUGGCGUUCGAGACCACAGGUAGCAUUGUAAGAGACCACGACAGGAUUGAGACGUGCCGAGAAUUGCCUCAGGAGAACCACCAGACGGAGAACCAGGAAGCCAGAGGUGCCACAAGCAACACCACGCGACCUAGAUUGACGAAUAGUAGCCAGGGAUCGCCCAAGACCUGUAGUGGCCGUCCCAGGGUCAGGACGCCAAGAAGCAUUAAGAUGUUGCUCAAUGUUGCAGCAAGAAGUGGCUCGACCCGCAAGAGUGAGAGACAUUUGUCCACGAUCACUGAACUCGCACAUCUGAACAUCACUGUCAUUUGUCCAUUACCUGAUGAUAUGUCUUUAAAAAUAUCUCACGGGCACGUCGUCGCCACCACCGCCGCCUUCCGUGCCACCGCGACGUUGCAAAAUCACACUUCCUCACGCCGAAGCCAGAACUGGAACACAGGGCGGACAAAACCUCACGAAGGUUUGCCACACGCGGCCCCUUUCCGAGAGUUAUCUGAUGGAGGCGCUGUAGGGAUUCUGCGUUCCUCGUCAGGGUGGGUUUGGUGCAGCGGUUGUCCUGGCGUGGCCCACCAUAAACCCACCAGAGACCCCCCAACCUCGACCCAGAAUCCACCAGACGCCCACUCGGCCGCUCCCGAGGACUUCAAUCAGCUUCUUUACCAGAGCCUCCGACAGGCCGACGGGAAUUUCAGUAGCCCGACGCCCGACAUCACGCCCCGACCCCCAGCGCGAAGCCUCUGGGGGGGGGGGGGGGGGGGGGGGGGGGGGGGGGGGGGGGGGGGGGGGGGGGGGGGGGGGGGGGGGGGGGGGGGGGGGGGGGGGGGGGGGGGGGGGGGGGGGGGGGGGGGGGGGGGGGGGGGGGGGGGGGGGGGGGGGGGGGGGGGGGGGGGGGGGGGGGGGGGGGGGGGGGGGGGGGGGGGGGGGGGGGGGGGGGGGGGGGGGGGGGGGGGGGGGGGGGGGGGGGGGGGGGGGGGGGGGGGGGGGGGGGGGGGGGGGGGGGGGGGGGGGGGGGGGGGGGGGGGGGGGGGGGGGGGGGGGGGGGGGGGGGGGGGGGGGGGGGGGGGGGGGGGGGGGGGGGGGGGGGGGGGGGGGGGGGGGGGGGGGGGGGGGGGGGGGGGGGGAAGAGGAGGAGGAGGAGGAGGAGGAGGAGGAGGAGGAGGAGGAGGAGGAGGAGGAGGAAAAGGAGGAGGAAGAGGAGGAGGAGGAGGAGGAGAAGGAGGAAGAAAAGGAGGGGAAGGACGAGGAGGAGGAGGAGGAGGAGGAGGAGGAGGAGGAGGA